GCGCGAGAUAGAACACGGAUGACGUCAGCGGUGGGCGUGUACCUGGGCGAGUAAAGUCACUUCAAACUGUUAGUGGUUCAGUCUUCACACUCCUCACGCGUUUAGUUCACUCGCGUCCGUGAAAUUAAACAGCACGAGAGCGGACGCGUUACAUCAUCAACGCACCUUAAACUCAGGUGACAGGACACCCGGAAGAACACGCGCACCGACUAUCACAGGAGUCACUUGAGUUUCAGUCAACCCCAGAAGAGCCGAGCAGAUCACAGUCAUGUCAGACCUCAAGAAGAACAAGCUGUUUAUGGUGCUGAUGGAUAUCGUGUGUGUGCUCGUGGUGGCGAUGCCGUUCAUCAUAAUGACCAUCAUGUUCCGGCCGUACCAGCGUGGCGUUUACUGCGAUGAUGAGACCAUCCGUUACCCCUACAGACCAGACACCAUCUCUCACAAAAUGAUGGCAGCUGUUACCAUCUCCUGCUCCAUCAUUAUCAUCAUUUCUGGAGAGGCCUACCUGGUCUACACCAAACGUUUGGAUGCCUAUUUGGUCUUUAACCAGUACGCUGCGGCGCUCUAUAAAGUGGUGGGGACAUUUCUGUUCGGUGCGUGUGUGAGCCAGUCUCUGACCGAUAUGGCCAAGUACACCAUCGGACGCUUACGGCCCAACUUCAUGGCGGUGUGUGCUCCAGAAGUGUGUGUGGGCUACAUUCUGGAGAUCAACUGCACGGGAAACCCUCGCAACGUGACCGAAUCCAGGCUGUCGUUCUACUCCGGUCACUCCUCCUUCGGGAUGUACUGCAUGUUGUUUCUGGCGCUGUAUGUCCAGGCACGUAUGGCAUCCAAGUGGGCCCGCCUCCUCAGACCCACAAUUCAGUUCUUCCUGGUGGCCUUUGCCAUUUAUGUGGGAUACACACGUGUGUCUGACUACAAGCACCACUGGAGCGAUGUGGUCGUGGGUCUCCUGCAAGGGGCGCUGGUCGCAGUCCUCACGGUGCGAUACAUCUCGGACUUCUUUAAAGAGCGCCCUCCUCGCUGCCAGGAUGUUGAAAAUGCUGAAAACGAAGACAGCGAACGCAAGCCCAGCCUUCAGAUCGUAGACACGGACAGAAACCAUUACUCCUACAGCAGGCCUGUCUGAGCCUGACCUUUGACCUGUGAGAGCACUGGAUGCUGCACCAUGUCUCAUACAGACAGCCACACACACUGUACACCGGCCCUGACUGCGCUCUCUUCCACAGGAUAAUGCUCCCAUUUCACACAGAGAGAGAGCGAGUGAAUGCAUGAACUAACACUGAAUAUUAGAUUUUAAACUUCUUUACAGACCGGAUUUUGUCUCACAGUAUGCACGCUCAUACACGCCAAGUGCACAGAUCGCCUGACAUAUAAUGAACCAUGAGGGACUUUAUUGUAUCAGAGCACAAAGACGAACUUCUCCAAGGGGAACUGGUUGUUUCCAUGACAACCUCAAAACCACCGCUUGACAUUUACUGACUAGCCAUACUUCUGCUGUUGGAAGCGACUCUUUCGGCAUGAGAAAGAAAGUGAACUUUUUCAUGCAUGAAUCAUUUUAAUAAAAUAUACAUUUUUUUAUGUUUAAUUUGCUAAAGACUAACAUGACAACUCGUGAUUUCUUUGUCGCGUCGCUCGCUCUCAUAACGAUGCAAUUUUAUGAAAACCACUAGCUAACCGAGGCACAUAUAUAUCGGUAUGUUUCAUGGAAAUUACUCUUACUAAACGUCCUAUCUAACAAUAAGGAUCAGGAAAUGUUUAACUAUCAGAUUUAAUACGUUAAACAGCUGUUUAUCUAUGAAUAUUAUCACUGCGUUUUAACCAAGUGAACGUGAUAGUGAUGGGUCGUUCUUGAACAAACAAAUCUUUAAUAUGACUCGGGAACGACGAGUUGUCUGAGUGAGGGAUGCACAAUGCACAAGAUCCAAUAGGUUCGACGCAGGAAACAGAAAUGAUUAGUUCACCCAGAGAUUGUUUUACUAUAGGGAGAUGAGAGGGUCUGUAUUACUUACUACUGGAGAAAGCAUAACGGUCAACUUGGUUCACGUGUGCCUUAACCCAUAGAUAUGUAUAUGUAGAUGCCCCAUUCAACUGCGUCAAGCACAUCUUUAAUGGUCAACUUGAUGUCAUUCACUAUAAUAAUCAACCCUUCGAAUAUGGAGGACGGCUUAUGUUUAGCAGCCCAUAGUAACAGUCACUAAUGAGGCAUCUACAUAUACAUAUCAAUGCCUUAACCAAUCACAUUACAGCCGUGACGUCAUUGACUUUCAGUCAGUUGUUCGACACUCAGUCAUCAUUUAUGGAUACCAUAGGAUUGAAUGAGAAAUGCCGAAAUCUGUAUCCCACCUGUCGCAAAAAGUCAGUGACUCCUCUUAUAAAACGGCAUUUUUUUUCGGUGUAAACUCUAAAAAUAGUUCAAUCCAAAAGUAUCGCUUAGUAUAAAACAUGUUGUAGAUUAGCUGUUUAUUCAUUAAAUAAUAAACUGUUUCUUUUCUAUAAGAUG